AUGCGAGGAGAGAAGAUCAUGCGAGUAGAGGAUGAAUUUAAAGAAGGGCCUGAAUGUGUAAGAAUUGAUAUAAAGGUGUAUGUGAAUGAGAAUGGAAGGAUAGUGCUUCGGCCAUCUAGUAAGAGGUUGUCUGUUGAGCUAAGCAAGUUGGAUGGAAGUGUGUAUGAUGUUGGAUGCAACGAAUGGACAAUACAUGAGGAUGAGUAUAUGACUAUUAGAAAAGUGUUGAGAAGGAGUGGGUUUGUGUUUGAAGACAUUCCAAGAGGUGUUCUUGAUGCAAUUAGAAAGAUAAAUGAAAAUAGUGAAUUCGAGCUUAUAGGAAGUGUGUAUGAUAUAUUGCUUCCAUUCCAGCGAGAAGGAGUUCUACGUGUGUUGUCGAUGGGAGGCCGAGCAAUUAUUGCGGAUGACAUGGGAUUAGGAAAGACGAUUCAGGCAUUGGCAGUUUCUUAUUACUACAGAUCUGAGUGGCCUUUGCUGAUUAUUGCACCUGCAUCACUGCUUGAAGACUGGGCUGAUGCAUGUAAAAAGUUUUUACAUGUUAAUGCAAAGAUAUUCAAGAAGACUGAAGAGAAGGAGGAAGUGUGGAUAGCAAGUUAUGAAACGGUUGCAUCUGAUGCACAAAUGAUGAGUGGGAUCAAGGUGAUUGUGGUUGAUGAAUGUCAUUACCUGAAGGGGAUGGAUUCGAAACGAACGAAGGCAAUAGUUCCACUGCUUCAGAAGACAAGAAGGGCAUUGAUGUUGUCAGGAACGCCAGCAGUUAGCAGACCAUUAGAGUUGUAUCCGAUUUUGUCAGCACUUGAUAAGACGAUGUUUCCACGCUUCAAUGAGUAUGGAGUACGGUAUUGUAAUGGAAGAAAAGUUGGCAACUGGUAUGAUUAUAAAGGAUGCAGCAAUGCUGAGGAGUUGAAUUAUGUGUUGAAGAAGUGUUUUAUGAUAAGAAGAACAAAGGAUGAGGUACUGAGCCAAUUACCUGCAAAAUCCAGAAGACAAGUGUAUCUACAGUGCAGUAGAGUACAGCAUGAACAAGAGAAGGAACUGUUGGGUGAAGAUGUCAAUUCCAGUAUAGUAGUGCAGUACCGAGAAGCAGUUGGCUUGAAGAUGGAUUCAGUAAAAGAGUAUCUGGAGACGGUGGUGAGAAGUGGAGUUAAGUUUAUUGUUUUCUGUCAUCACAUAGAGAUGAUGGAUGGACUGAAUGUGUUUUUUGAGUCUCUGGGUGUUUCUAUGAUUAGGAUUGAUGGAUCAACUCCAAGCAAUAGUAGGCAUCUGUUGGUGAAGAAGUAUCAAGAUGAUAAUGAAGUGCGUUUGGCGCUUCUUAGCAUUACUGCAUGCAGUACAGGACUUACGCUUACUGCAGGAAAGCUUGUUGUGUUUGCAGAGCUUUACUGGAAUCCCGGUGUUCUUCUGCAGGCUGAGGAUAGAAUACAUAGGAUUGGACAGAAGAGCAAUGUUGAUGUUGUUUAUCUUGUUGCGAAAGGAACGGUUGAUGAGUAUGUGUGGCCAAAGUUAUUGUCUAAGCUGAAUGUUCUUGAGUCGUUAGGGAUAGGAAAGAAUCAGUUUAGGAGUAUUGGAGUGUCUAAGAAGAUUGCAGGGCAAACGAGCCUAUAUCAGUUUGACAUUAAAAAGGCAAGAUAA